AUGGCGUCUCGUGCUCUCUCGGUCCUCCCCUGCCUCGAUGCCAUGGAGCCGGAGAGGCCGCCGCCGGCACUCGUCAGCGAUGUCCUCGAGGAGAUCUUCCUGCGCGUGGCCUCCCCUGCGGACCUCGCGCGCGCCUCCGCCGCGUGCGUCUCCUUCCGCGGCCUCAUCAGCAGCCCGUCUUUCCUCCGCCGAUACCGCUCCGUCCACCCGCCGCUACUUCUCGGCUGCGUCAACCGCGAUGGCUUCCACCCUGUCGAGGCGACCCAUCCCUCUGCGGCUGUGGCCCGUGGUGUCGCCCGGACCGUCGACUUGUCCUUCCUUCCUCAUGGUCCGCAAGGUUGGUGUGCGUAUGAUGUCCGCGAUGGGCGUGUCCUCGUCGGACACAAGUGCCACUUCCGGCGCCUCCGCGAAUGCUGGGACAUCGCGGUGUGCGACCCCCUGUUCCAGCGAUACCUGCUGCUGCCUCCCAUGACCGACGACCUACUCGCCUCCGUCGGCCUCCAUAACAAAGACAUGCACGGAUCCUGGGCCUCCUUGAUCCCUUCUGGAGGCACGGAGGAGGGAACGUCGUUCAGCGUCAUCUGCUGGAUGUUUCCAAGACAAGAUUGGCGGUAUUUAUCUUCUCAACAAAAACAAGCUCUGCUCACUGGGCUGCCGUUAAAUUUUCACAUUAUAACACAUUUGGCCGUCUCUCACGCUAAAUUUUUUCACAGGGUAUAUAUGCCUAUAGGGGCAGGUGCCUAA